UUAACUUCUUUCCCUGUCAUGCACUAUGCACUGUUCCCGGAUUGUUAUCCGCAGCAAGACAGAUUCUGUCUGUUAACAUGACUCACUGAUGAGAUGCCAGAUAUUUAACAUACACACAAUUUUAUUAAGUUUUCCACUGUCCUUAAGCAAGUCAGUUUAACCGAUAUAGUAAGCCCAAUACAUCAGAAGACAGAAAUUGGUAGAGCAAGAUACAUGAAAUCAAGGAAAGGGAGUUACGACCCGUUCAGUGUUCUUGUAGUCUGCAGCAAGGUCAAAGGUGAUGGGGGUGUCAGACCAGCUGAGAGGGAAUUCCACUGAGUUACUCCCAUUCUCCGAUUUUAUAGCUGGUAUGAAGCCCCUAGCACCCACAUAUCUUUGUACCAGAGUCUUAAUCACCACAGCACACCCUGCUACAACUUUUGGAGCUGAAGAGGGGCUGUUUGGGUAGAUAAAUGAGGGGAGAAAUAGGAAGGGAGGCCUCAUGGUUCAGUGAAAACGUUCAUGCUUUUAUAAUUUAAAGGAGCCAUGCAACUAAACCCUCAACACGAGUUGUGUUUGUGAUUAGUGUUUAGUUGUGAGUGGGUGACAGCUUCUUGAUUCGGUUUAAAUACUUCCACCAGAAUUUUCUGUUAGAAACUGUCUAGGCUCUUGACAUAAGUUUAGGCCUAAUUUUCUGGCAGCUGAUAAGCAGUGUAGGGAGUGGCAGAGGCAUGUUAUCAGAGUCUGCACAGCUGGAGCUGUGGGCUAAGCAAGGGGUGACCACCAAGUCUUCACCUAGUUCUGCCCCUCACCUGGGCCUCAUCGUGGCGUCCCCUCUUCAGCAGACCCCUGACGUAAGUCCAGUCCCAGGGUCAGGACCCCACACCCUCCUGAAGUUACAUCUGUUUCUCAUGUCUGAACAGUGUAUUUAUGCGCUGUUUUCCAUGUCUGAGAUAGGUAUUUAACUGUGGUCUGCUGUCUAUAUACAUUUUAGUUUAGUAAAGGAAGGGCUUCCAGGUGUUCAUUUAGACACUUUGAGGUAAUGACUUUAAGUUAAAUCCUAGGCACAGUGAAUGCUAGGCACACCAGAGGCAUUGUGCUAAAACUGCCAUUUCACAACUGACUCUAGGAAUAUAUGUGGCAUAGCAGAGUUGAAGAGAAUACAUGCUGAUUUUUCCUUGCCCUCCAGUCCUGGAAGAGCACCUUUAAGAAAAUUCCUGUUAACUAGCAGAACACAUUUCACCUAUGAAGACAAAGUCUGUAAAAUGAGCCUCAUGACCCGUCUCCGAUUAUUCCUGAGCCAUAGUCUAUUAUUUCCAGGAGAGGGCAGCAUUUUCCUACCUCAGCUAAUCCAAAAGUAAAUGAGGAACUUAGGAAAAGAUUGCCAACCCCAAAUCAACACAGUUACACAGAAUUGAAAAAGAAGUGUACAGCUUCAUUUGAGGGGUUCUUGUAUGGAACUCAGUGUUCUGCGAUAUAAGCUCUGAAAUCGUCAAGCAAAACUGGACUCAGUGCCAGAUCAAACAAGUUCAGAAGAACAAAUGGAGAACUGGUCAAAAGAAACACACAUUCUGGAACAGAAAAAAGAAGGCUUUUGUGUUGAGUUUCAAUUUCAUCAGAACUCUCAACAAAGCCCAGAAUUUUUCAUCGAGACAGAAGCUGAAGCACUGAAACUUUCAGAUUUGUCAGUAACCGGUCAAAGAAGCGGAGCCCCAAAUGACUGUAGUUCCAGUUCUGAAGAAUCAAGCACCGUAGAAAGAAAGGCUAACAGGAUGCUCCCUGAAUUUAUAUCAUCAUGGAACAAUACUGCAGAUUUAGGUGGAAAAACAGAAACUGCAUUCCUUUUAAAAGAAUUGGACACUCUGAGGGCCAAAAAUAAAAAGCUUCAGGAUAAGCUGUCUGAAAAGGACAAGGAGCUGAAGACAAUAAAACUGGACUUAGAACUGCAAGAGAGAGCUACAGAAGCUAAGAUUGCAGAAAAGAUUGCAGCUCUGGUGGAAGAAGUUUAUUCUGCUCAACGGGAACGUGACAAGGCUGUCAUGGCAAGGCUUAGGUUAGCCAAUGAAGAGAGAGAUGAAGCAUUUCUACGAGUCCAGCGUUUAGAAGAGUCUCUCAAAGAGCUAGAAAAUAUUAACCCUGAAGAAAAUGACAUGACAUUACAGGAAUUACUGAACAGAAUAAACAAUGCAGACACAGGGAUAGAUAUACUGAAGAAUGGAGCUAUAAUUCUGAAUCGAAUACACAGGACCAAAGAACGUAAAAAGAAAAUAGUAGCUGAGGAAAUGAAUGCAGUAAUAGAACAACGGGAUGCUGCUUUGUCUCAAUGCAAACGGCUGGAGCAAGAGCUUCAUCAUCUGAAAGAGCAGAACCAGACUUCAGCAAACAACACGAGACAUCUGACUGCUGAAAACAAUCAAGAACGUGCUCUGAAGGCAGACUCAAUAUCCUUGCAACAAGAAAAGGAGGCCGCUCUUCAACAGUGCAAAAAAUUAGAAAAAGAAAUCCAGGCAUUGCGUGUUUAUUACAGCUUAUACAAAUCUUUGUCUGAAGGAAUGAGUCUGAAGGACCAGCUUAACUGUACUUCUGGUACUUCUGAGGGUGCACUGCAAGGCAGGGGGGAUGUUGUGACCCUUACCUGUCACCAGAUUGAAGAUCUGGCAGCUCAGCUGCAGCAAGCCCGGUCAGAGCAAAAGGACACAGAACUGAAGCUCCAGACAGCCCUGGAGGCUUCACGGGAGGCCAAUGAAAAAGUUCAGAAGUUGGAAAGGCUGGUGGACGUCUUGAGGAAGAAGGUUGGAGCAGGGACCAUUAGGACCGUGAUCUGAUUGAAAGCUCUAGUCUAAGGAAGCAUUCACAUCUGGUGACCAGGCUGCUUCAUUCAGCACUGUGUAAACACUAAAGCCUUAACUUAGCAAACAGUUGUUAGAAGUGGGACACUCCAGCGACAUUCCAAGCUGAGAUAAAAUCAAAUCAUAAAUGUUUAACUACUUUGCUGCUGAGUUCUGUGAUUUGUUGAAAUGUUUCACUGCAAAUAUAUAUUUGUUUUUAAGCAGAUGCAUUGUGGCACUGUGUACUGUGAAAAAUGAUGUAGACGCUUAUUUUAACAGUCUGUCCUCUCAGUGUUACUAGACUGUAGUCAGUCUGCUGCAAGGCACAGCUUGAUCAUGUUUUCGAAUACUGCAGGCUUCAGGUGCAAAAUCCUGCAAAGCAAUUUCAAAAUUUAAAUCCUUUAUGUUAUUUGUGAGACUGCAAACAGUCCAGUAUUUGUAUGUUAAAUAUAUUAAUUGAUAAAGUAGGUUCACAUCCAAGAAAUAUCUCUAGCUAGUAUAUUGGGUAUUUUUUUCUUCCUUACUUAUACACCAUUGAACUGCAGCUAGUGGCUGUGGCUACAGCUAAGGGAACGAUACACGUAUAGCUUUAUACAGCGGUUGAAUAGCUGCUGCUAGUACAUGGCAUUUUCAGCAUACAUUAAAAAGAAAUCUACAGUUAGGUUUCACUGGAUGUACAGCUUCAUAAAUUGCAACAUGAAAGCCUUAUAAUGUUGUACAGUAUCUCAGACAGCGGGAAAGGUUUCCUGUAUUGUUUUUACUCGCUCCGUCAUUUCCUAUGCCAGAAAAUCUCUCAGAUAUUCAGAAACCACCUUAUAGAGUCAAAAUUCACCUUUUCAGUGUAAGCUUCAUCACUCACCCCUUCCCUACAGGACUAUUUGCCUCCUUCUUCUAGACCUCUGAUUUCUCUGCAGCGCAGGUGUACCAUUCAGAUGGGAUUUGAGGCCAGACUGCUAACCUUCUGCUUUGUGUACGCCUGAGGUGCCGUGGGACUGAACUCAAAGGCUGAAGGAUGGACUCCUACAAGGAGGGCAGAAAUUGAGGGGUGAGGAGGAAAAUUUGGGGUACACAGACAUUACUGACCUUAAAGAUACAGGAGAGUCAGACCUAGAGUUAUAUUUGUGACCCAAACAUCUCCUUGUAUUCGGUAUGUCUUUGUCACAUGACCCAAAGUGAGCAGAAAUGUCAGGUCAGCGCUUGUAUAAACCUGCUCAGAAGGGCAUCUGUAAUCUGUAAGCAGCCCAAGUUCAGUAAUGAAUCUCAGGAGCACGGUGGGCUUUAUGCUACUUCCAGGACCAGCCAGCUCAAGCAGGGUGGAUGUAGCUCCUAAGUCUUCCACUUGCCUACUCUGCUUUGUGGUUAAUGUUGUUAUGCUGUUUUCCCUCUUAAUGUUUGCAUCUACAGAUGUCAUGAUAGGGCAGUCUAGCUGAAGAAACUAAAAACUUAGUUUUGGAUAGGGGGAGACAUUUCAGUGCCUGUUUUUCCUUUCAAGCACUUCCAUGUUAAACCUUCGUCAUCUGCAGACCUAAGCUCCUCCUAGUUUCAGUCAACCAAACCUAACCACUUGCAGGGAGAUGAGUAGCAUUCCUUCAAGCACUUCUAGAAACCCCUGAAGUGCUCCUUUUUGACCUUGGGUCAAUCCCAAGAUAGCCAGUGAGUCUGGAGUCUCUCCCCCACACUUACUCAGUGGGAAGAAAGUUUCGUGCUUCCAGACCAGAGGACUGUCACCCCGCUGCUCCCAGCCCCUUCGCCAUCUCCUGUGUGCUGCUGUCCAGCACUUGGGCAGCUCAGCUGCUCUUUUUUCUACUGUCCUCACUGAGCUUUAGUGCACUAAGUGAAAGACAAGAUCUCCUGAGCUGUCAGUGCUGUUGAACCAUUUCUGCUCUAAGGAAGUGGUGAGGAAGGAACAAAGAUAAAAAUGUAAUGGCUACCGUACUGUGCUAGACCAAAGGUCCAACUAGCCCACAGACUGCCUGUGGCAAUAACCAGUGGAAGAUGCCUGGGAAAGGGUAUGAAGUCAGGCCAGCUCUAGUAACCUUUCUCCCAAAUGGUCUCCCAACAAUUUGUUAUUUAGGGGCUUUCUGAGCCAGAGGUGGUGUCUUUGUAUUUAACAGCAUUUUUUCAUUACGUGUUUUUGAAUCUAUUUAAACUUUUAGCAUCUACUUGUUCCUGUCACGAGGGCUUAUGCAGUUAAUGAUGCACUGAGUGAAGAAAUAUUUGCUUUUCUUUGUUAUGAACCAGCUCUAUUCAUUUCCUAUCAUCUAGUUUUUGUAUUAGAGAAAUGGUGAAUAACCAUUCCCUGUUCGUAUUUUUCCCAUGUCCCUGCUGAUUUUACAUAUUUGGCAUCCUUCCUGCACCAUGGCUUUUCGAGAGAGAACCCCUAGUCUCUUGUAAAGAAGCUAUCUCAUGCUUUUAAUUGGCCUUGUUAUACUAAACUAUUUCUUUCCCAGUUCUGCAGUGUCUUUACUGAGAUACAACCAGAUUUGUGCCUGGUAUUCAAGAUACGGACAAAUUGUGACUUUAACCGUUGUCAUAGUGGUGUCUGUUUUAUUCUCUAUGCAACCUGUAAUCAUUUUUAGCAUUGGAUUUCCUUUAUGACAGGUGAUUUCUUGGAAUUAAUAUUUCUGUAAUAAUAACAACUCUAGAUCUCAUUCCUCAGUUAAAAUAUUCAGCUCAGAGUUCAUCACAGGGUGUGUGAAGACAGUACUGUUUUCUGAAUGCAUAACUUUGCAUUUAUGGGUACUGAACAUCAUCUGUUGUUUUAGCAUGCAUCCCAUGGUGACCAUGAGCUCCUAUUCCAUCUCUUUUCACAGCUCAUCUUUACUACUCACAGCAACAUAGUAUCAUCAGCAUCUCCAUGCUGAAUACGGUGGUAUGAAAUAUCACUAUCUCCAAAUUAACCCCCUUUUCAAGGUGAUUUCUUAGUUAAGUGGAACAACAUGGGCUCUGGAGCGAAGAUGACUGUAGGAUAAUAAAGUACCUUUCCUUCACUAUGAAAAUUAUACAUUUAUUCUUAACCAUUGUUUUAAUCUAACUUUUAAUUACUUAUUUUUCCAUGUAAAGAUCUUCCAUCUUACUCCUUGGCAGCUUUUAUGAGACAGCUUCUUUGCUACUUUUUGUUGUGGUUUAACCCAGCAGGCAGCUAAACACCACAGAGCUGUUCGCUCACCCCCCCACACCCAGGGAUAUGGGGGAGAGAUUGGGAAAAUAAAAAAGUAAGAUUCAUGGGUUGAGAUAAGGACAGUUUAAUAUGACACAAAAGGAAAGGGGGUGGGGGGUGGGAGGGUGGAAUAAUAAUGAUAAAAGAAUAUACAAAAUAAGUGAUGCACAAUGCAAUUGCUCACCACCUGCCAACCGAUGCCCAGCCAGUUCCCAAGCAGCAGCCGACCAGCUUUCCCCUAGUUUAAAUACUGAACAUGACAUCAUAUGAUAUGGAAUAUCCAUUUGGUCGGUUUGGGUCAGCGGUUCUGGCCGUGCCCCCUCCCAGCUUCUUCUGCAUCUCAAGCCUUCUCAGUCAGUGGAGCAUGAGAAGCUGAAAAGUCCUUGACUUAGCAUAAGCACUACUUAUUAGCAACUAAAAUAUCAGUGGGUUAACAACAUUAUUCUCAUCCUAAAUCCAAAAACAGCACUAUACCAGCUACUAGGAAGAAAAUUAACUCUAUCCCAGGUAAUAUCAGGACACUUUGGAAAUGCGAGUUUACUAAAUCAGGGCUUGUUUUCCAUGCAUGAAUGUGUUAAGUUCCUCCUUCCCCUGGGAGCAUGAAGAAGUCCUCACCUUGCCCCAAGUCUUUCCACCUCUGAGCAAAUAAUCUUGUGAGUUCAGGCUUCAUACGGCAAGACUGUUUGACCUCCAUCCUCUUGUGUCAGCUGGCUUUGUUUAGGAAAGUAGGAUUGGCCAGGCAAAAGCAGUCUAGCAAACGCAAUGUCAGAUACAUCUGGUUGUGGGUAAUACUCGAUUUGGUGAAAUCAGGUGAUAAUUUUGCUUCUUAAUUUUUCUUUUGACACAUUGUACCUAAGUAAAAAAAUAUUUCCUGACUCUGUCAUAUGACUUGUACCAAGUAGCCUGAAAUUCAGUGAGCUUUUUAGUUAGGGAUUUUUAUCAUCCUGUACAUAAAUGACUUUGAAUCAUAAUUAAAAUAGGUGUUGAUUUUUAAAAUUCAGCUAGAGAUGUUUGUCUUUUUUGAAAAGGACCUCAGGAAAUUUACUGUGCUGAGGGGCAAAGAUCUGGAAACGGUUGGGUUCUCACUCUUCCUUGCUAACAACCUGGUGUGUGGUCUUUGGCAAAUCCCUUAGUGACAGUCAUCAAAGGUAUGCAGCCCCUGAAGAGGUGCCUAGGCUCCUCGGGGGAGUUUGUAAAAGCAUCUGUGUGGCUAACGUGAAAACGCUUUUGCUUCUUCACCAGCUGAAGUGAAAAGCAAAAGUCACACAGGCCCAGUAAUGCAGGCCCAGCCUUUAGUGCCCUCAGGUGAAUUUCUGGCCCCAUUGAACCCAGAUUUGCAGUGUGAUGAGGGCAGGGAUUCUGGUCUGGCAUGUAGAAGUAUGGUGGUAAUGAUAACAAGGGUUAAGUGGUUUUUAUCAUAUAGCUUAUUCAUUGAGAACUGAUCGUUGUCCAUGCAGAGCUUUGAAGGUGAAAAGAAGCCUGCCCUAUAUAGCAGACAAAUGCAAUUGUCACUUCUGUCCUGGUUUAUGAGAGAAGGAUGAGCUUUCAUCAGGUAAUGUACCAGGAGUAGCAAUUCAUUGGUCUCCCAAUGGAACAGCAGUUCAUGAUGAAAGGUGGCUCAUCAUAGGCAAUGCUUAAGGUGAAGGUUGUAAUUACUGGUCAAAUUAGUGUCCCUGCUGUCUUGAAGAGCACUGAGAUACUCAGAAACAUCCUUCCCCUGUGAGAUUUUUUGUGUUUCUCUUGACGAUCCUGCAGCACGUUAUACAUUGGGAGCCAUUUGUGGUAUAUGCCAGGGUGAAAUAUGUAAAUAGCAUCAUGUUGGCUCAGGAUAAGAGCAUUAUUAAUGCUUUUCAGCACUGUAAUUAUAUUCAUAGUAAGCCUUCCCUAAGCCCUCACUAAUUAACAAUAUUGUGACAAAUCAACUUUAACAGAAAAGAACUGUGGACCUUUAGUCAUUUUGUACUGUUUUUCAUUCAGCCCACAGCCCUAAACUGGUAGCAUGGUUUUCUGUACUAGUGUUGGGAAAACUCCUGAUAUAUGAAAAGUUCAGAGCACCCUCAGUCUUGUUAGUGGAAUCCUGUAGAUGAAGUCGGUUUGAUUCCCCUUUAAAUUUAUUCACAGGAAAGUAAGAUUCAUUAGUUAAUCAUUAAUGUAGGGGAAUAUUAAAACUGCUUUUAUAAAUAAGCCAUCAUAUUGAAAUAGUUUAGUAAUGUCAAUAUGUUGUCACAGGUGCAAUUAUUUAUUUAUUUAUUCCAAAUCACAGGAUGUUUUACAAGAUACCUUAAUUUUCAAAUUAAAUGGCUUUAUAAAUAUUCUUAUCACGUGAUCAAGAUUUGUAACAUCUUUAAUCCACGUACACAAAUGAACUUCCUAUCUAAAUGUCAGGAUUUCUCUGUGCUUUUGUUUUCAUUUGGAAUAAUUCCAGAUGAAGGCUGUUAGGUUUGUUGGGUUUUUGUCUUUUUAAUUUGUACCCCAGAAGAUUUUCCUCCCAUGCAAGAAUAAACCAUGAGGCACAAGAAAUCACUGACCAGCCAUUUCUGUGAUACUGUGCUUGCUAUGAUCGCAGCGUUUCAUGUGCUGACUCUUAUCGCUGUACCAUUUCACAUGAGGUCUGCAGAACUGGACUUUCUCUGUUUGUUCUUCUCAUGCGUUGGCAAAUAAAAUGCAUUCACGAGUCCAAAAAACCAAAGCGGUGUUCUCGUAUUAGGUUGAUUAUAAGUCAGCUGUUGAGCUUCAGCGGUCUAAACAUUUCAUUCUUCAGUUUUGUUGGGAGCACACAUGUUCUGGGAGGCUUUUAAACAAAUACUUGAAAUGGUUGAAAGAUUUACAUUGCCAGUGCCUAGCUAAAUAUGUAGUCUUUAGAAAAGACAUGGUUUAUUUUGGCACCAUUUGAAAAACUCAAAUAUUUUAAACAUUUGUUAAGUUCUAGCUUGCACAUUUGAACUAAAAGUUUGCAUUCCAAAAUUGCAUCUCGGGUUACCUGUCUCUCUCUUUUGUAUUUUAUAAUCUCUUUAUUAAAAUAGUCUUUGCAAAAGGA